ACAAAUUAGCCAUUUAUAAUAAGGAAUCGAAAACACCCCUCUAUAUUGCAUAAUAUUCCGGCAGAAAUGGAGAUUCUACAGCCAAAUCCGAACCUUAAAACCUACGACAACAAGGAGCCAAAAGACACAUACAACAUGGCAUACAUUAUCCACUUUCUACUAGGUGCCGGAUAUUUGGUUCCAUGGAACGCCUUCAUCACAGCCGUUGAUUAUUUCCAGUAUCUAUACCCUAACAAACACAUCAACAAGGUGUUUUCAGUGGGUUACAUGUCGGCCGCGAUGGCCGUGCUUUUUACGCUCAUGUGGUUUUCAAGGUCGAGUCGGAUUAAGUUGCCGUCGGUUCGGAGCAGGAUGAAUUUGGGUCAGUGUUUGUUUAUUUUGGCUCUCAUGGUGGCGCCGGUGACGGACUGGAUUGUUCAUGGGAAGGAGACGAGGAAGACGAUGAAUAUCGCGUUUGUUGUGCUUGUUUCCAUGGUUAUGAUCAGUGGAUUAGCUGAUGGGUUAGUGGGUGGAAGUCUGGUUGGAGCCACCGGAGCUCUUCCUGGACGGUAUAUGCAGGCGGUUUUUGCUGGUAACGCCACCGCCGGUCUGGCGGUUUCGAUACUUAGAAUAAUAACAAAGGCAUCACUUCCACACACACGAACGGGUCUCCGAACAAGCACACAGAUCUACUUCACAUUCAGUGCCAUCAUGGUACUUCUAUGCAUCAUAUGCACCAACGUUCUACACAAACUACCGGUGAUCCGAUUCUACCGAAGUAACCGAAAACACAUUGACCCCAUCCAACACAUGUCAAUCCGAUCAAACUUCUGGCAAGUAGUUAAAAAAAUCCGGUAUCUAGUGACAGCAGUAUUUGCAAUCUACCUAGUGUCACUAUCAAUAUUCCCAGGUUAUUUAAGUGAAAACGUUGCAUCAACUUAUUUUAAAGAUUGGUAUCCUAUAUUACUCAUUACAACUUUUAACGUUGGAGAUUUUGUGGGCAAGUGUUUGACUGCUGUUUAUGUGCCACGUGGCAGUAAGUUGGUGGUUUGGUGGUGUAUGGGUCGGGUGUUGUUUUAUCCAUUGUUUGUAGGGUGUGUGCAUGGACCCAAAUGGAUGCAUAGUGAGGGUCCGGUUAUGAGUUUGACCAUGAUGCUCGGUGUGAGCAAUGGGUACUUGACUAGUGUGCUUAUGAUACUUGCACCCAAGUUGGUUCCGGUCGAGGAGUCGGAGGUGGUUGGGAUCGCUAUGGAGACGUUUUUGGUGGUUGGGUUGGUCGUGGGUUCGGCACUUGGUUGGUUGUGGAACCUUUGAGCUAAUAUUCAUUGCAUUGGUUAUGACUUAUGUCACAAAAUAAUAAAACUAGUUUUGUUUCAAUAUUGUUUGGUAGUAUUAGUUAUUGUUGUUUUUGUGAGGGUUGAACUUGUAGUAUUAGUUAUUGUUGUUUUUGUGAGGAUUGAACUUGUUAUUUGGAUAUGGCUUUAGUAAUUUAUAAUAUUUUUUUUUUAUAUUUGA